AUGAACAACGAUAAUAAUGAAAUCUAUUUCUCAAAAGAUAUAAAAGAGUUAGUGGGUACGGAAUAUGGUGAUAUCGAAAAGCAUUCGAAAUUUAUGAAACUUGCGCUCAAUGAAGCAAAGAAAGCAUUGGAUGAAGGUGAAGUACCCGUAGGAUGUGUCAUCGUACACAACGACAUAGUAAUUGCCGCUGGUUCAAAUAAAACAAAUAUUAAAAAGAAUGCAACGAGACAUGCAGAGAUUGAAGCAUUAGAUUCUAUCUAUCUAAGUGAGAAUGCAUCAAAGUUUGGUGGCGAUAAGCUAUUGAGUGAUUGCAAACUAUAUGUAACAGUUGAACCAUGUAUUAUGUGUGCUGCCGUCUUACAACUUGCAAAGAUAAACAUUGUCUAUUUCGGUUGUUACAAUGAUAAGUUUGGUGGAAAUGGAUCGAUUUUACCUGUUCAUAGUAUAGAUUGUUUUGAACGUGGACAUCCAUAUAAUUGUGUAUCUGGUGUAAUGAAAGAUCAAGCUAUACAUCUAUUACAAAAGUUUUACUUUCAAGAGAAUAAGAAAGCACCUGUACCUAAUAAAAGGAAGAGAAUAGAUCCAGAUCAAAUGAUAAAUAAUCAAGACAAUAGCAGUAUCGAUCAACCAAUUGAUAAAUAA